AUGGAGCUCGGCGCGGCUGGCGGCAGCAUCCUCCUGCCGGCUGGGCUCGAGCCGGCUGCUGAGUCGCCUGCCCGCGCUGGCCAUGCAAGACUGAGCGCUAAUCGCCUGCACGGGAGCGCUCGGCGAGCCUGCUAAUUGAGUACCCGCGCGUGCCAGGCUGCUAAUUGCAGGCACAGGACCGCCAUGCAACGCUGCUAAUGAACGGUGCGUUCGCGACUGCCCCAUUGCAGGCUGUCCGCUGCCCUGCCAGGCUGCUGGGGAACGGCCUCCCUGCCAGGCGGCACAUGAGUUGCAGGGUUGCUGAUUAGCUGCAUGCAGGGAUUUGCACUGGCAGCCCCGUUGCUUUAACUGCCUGGCUGCAUCCUAGACCCCCCCCCCGUUGGCUCAUCCCUCUCCCUGCCUCCCUCAGCAUGGGCACCGUGCUGUCCCUCUCGCCGGGCUCCCGCAAGGCCAGCCUGUACGAGGAGGGCUCCUCCGGCUCGCUGGCGCACUACCCGGGCGUGCCGGGCGCCAAGGGCAGCGGGCAGAAGGCCGACAAGAACCUCAAGCGCCACUCCAUGUUCAUCCCGGCCUUGACCUGGAAGCGGCUGGUGGCCUCCACCAAGAAGAAAGGCUCCCGGGGCGGGGGGAAGGGGCCCGCCCACAAUAACAACAACCACCACCCCCACGCCAAGGAGGUGGCCCUCCUCAACCACGAGAACGUCAAGAAGUCGCUGUCCUGCGCCAACCUCGCCAGCUACGACGGGGGCGGGCCGCCCCUGGCACCGCUCAGCGCCACGCGCAUCUCCACCACCUCCGUCUCCUCCCUCAAGCCGGGCGCCUGCCUGGGCGGGGGCAGCUCGGCCUCCCCGCGGCGCGUGGUCGUCCAGGCCUCCACCAGCGAGCUGCUCAAGUGCCUGGGCGAAUUCCUCUGCCGCCGGUGCUACCGCCUCAAGCACCUGUCGCCCACGGAGCCCAUCCUGUGGGUGCGCAGCGUGGACCGCUCGCUGCUGCUGCAGGGCUGGCAGGACCAGGCCUUCAUCACCCCGGUCAACGUGGUCUUCGUCUACCUGCUGUGCCGGGAGGUGAUCGACGGGGAUUCGGUCUCCAGCGAGCACAACCUGCAGGCGGCGCUGCUCACCUGCCUCUAUCUGUCCUACUCCUACAUGGGCAACGAGAUCUCCUACCCGCUCAAGCCCUUCCUGGUGGAGGCGGCGAAGGACGCCUUCUGGGACCGGUGCCUUCGCAUCAUCAGCGCCAUGAGCGGCAAGAUGCUGCGGAUCAACGCGGACCCCCACUACUUCACCCAGGUCUUCGCCGACCUCAAAAACGAAGGCAGCACCCGCGAGGACUUUGCUCGCGUCCUGGACCGGUGACUGGCUCAGGGCAUUAAGGACCAACUGGCCCCCUCCCCACCAACCUCAUGUGCAGCGCAGCCCUCGCCUUGCUGUGACCUUUAACGACCAGCUUGCAGCGAGCCAGGGAUUUUCCUCUGGCUCGCCUGGGCCAGAUCUCCCCCGAGCCAGGCCAGACUCAUGCAAACACUUACAAGAACUCUGGCUUGGCUGCCCCUCCCCCCGUGCCAUGAGCCAACAACGGGGGGUGUCUGUGUGCAGUGUGGGGGAGGCAGCCUUCAGCUCCGGAGUCUGUGUCAGAGACAGACCAGGAGCAGCCAAAGGCCAAGAGUUUGAUUCCCUUUUAAUAGGCCAAGAAGUGCCUGUAGGUUCCCUCCUCCCCCUCCCCACCCCACCCCCCAGUGCCAUGUUCCUGGCUUGUUAAUUUCUUCUUCUUUUGGGUUUGCUUGAGCUGCAUUGCAAAGCGAUGGGGAAAAUUCCAGGGAGGCUCUAAAAUAGCCACGUGAUGCGCGCUUUAGUUUCGGCCGGUGAUGUGCUUGUACAGGUGAAUUCUCCUUUCGGACUAGCCCUGUCUUGCUUAGAAAACCUCCCGCCCCCUCCUUGCCAGACGCCGGUGCAUUGUACAGUCUGUUAGUGCCAGUCACACCAGAGCCUUCCUCUCUGUGCCUGCCUGACCUCUGCAGCCGGGAAUCGGCGCUGGCUGGUGGCUCUGUCCGAUGCCUGGGCCAGGUAGCUGAUGUCCCCUGGUAAGGAAUCACCAGGUGCGUGGGGGUGCGGAGGAAGUGGGCCCAGGCUGUAGAUGGAGGGUACUGGUAGCUGGACUGGCCUCUGCAUGCUUUGAUUGUCCUGGGCGUGAGGAGCCAGGGCUGGAAGUGUUUGAACAGGCCGUGGCUGCCCCUGUCUUUUGAAGCAGCCAGGUCCCCGAGGUGUUGUGUGAUGUGAGCAGGGGAUGGAGGAGCUGAGAGAUGGCUGGCUGGGG